AUGCUGGGUGUGGAAAUGUACCCAAGUUUGGCCUUAGGACCCCAAAGACUGGGAGAUGGCUUCUACAGAGAUCGAGAAGCGUCAGGCCAUGUUCCCCUGUAUCCCACAACAUGUGACAUGGCAGCUCGCACUAUACCCCCUCGUAUGUUGCCCCCACCUCCCCAAAACAGAGAGCCCCUUGGAAAGCCACAGGACACCGUCAAGGUGGAGCUAGAGAAUGCAUCUCUAUGGAAACAGUUCAGCACAGUUGGCACAGAGAUGAUUAUUACCAAGAAAGGCCGACGGAUGUUUCCUCAUCUCAGAGUGAAACUCUCAGGUUUGAAUCCGUCUCUGCGUUAUAUCCUGCUGUUAGAUAUUGUACCUGUCGACUCCUCCCGUUACCGCUUCCAGGAUGAUAGAUGGCAGGUUGUGGGUGGGGCAGAAGCACGACUCCCAGAUCGUGUGUUCAUCCACCCAGACUCACCAUCAACUGGAGAGCACUGGCAGAAGGGCCCUAUAUCUUUUCACCGUGUGAAACUUACCAACAACACAUUGGACACACAGGGAUAUAUCAUUCUCCACUCGCUGCAUCGGUACCAGCCAAGGGUUCACGUCAUUGAGGCCAGAGAUGUGUUAAUGUGGGGUGGAGCUCAGCAUUCCUUUACUUUCCCAGAAACCCAAUUCCUUACAGUAACAGCUUACCAGAACAACAAGAUCACAGAACUGAAGAUAAACUCGAACCCUUUCGCAAAAGGCUUCAGAGAGAACGGCAUGAACUGCAAGAGACAGAGAGAGGCAAGACAAAAGAGAAAAAUUACCCAGGCCAGUGAUGAGGAAUCUUUAGAUAUCGAGUCAUCUGACCCAUGUGAUUCUACUGAGCUCCUGCCACCACCAGACCUCCAGAACUCUGUUCUCUCAAUCUCCAGUUCGACUCUGUCCAUCACAAACUCUGCUCUCCCAAUGUCUGAGUCUGGUUUCCGUCCAGACAUGCCACCAUUCCCAGAACAAGCAGACCAAGGGCAAGCACUCACACUUGGCCAGGAGUUUCUGGCUUCAGAAAUGACUCAGCUCCCCAAUAUUCAAGAAAUUCCUGAUUCGAUAGGCAAUGGACCACAGGCAGCCUCAAGGAAUGAUCUGCACAAUGAGUUGAUUGAUGGAUCAACACAAAUGAUUGGCCUCUCAUCAUAUACUCCAGCAUUUCCGGACCCUUCCCUGAACUCCUCUGCUUUCCCUCCAGCACCUCUCACUCAGUCAUCUUCUCCUUACUCAUCUGUUUCCUCUACAGUAAACUCUGAUCCUUCACUCCACCAGCCCUCUGAGUCCUCUCCACCUACAUCAAACUAUGCAUCCAUGCCUGCUUCUAGCUACUCAUCCCUUUCUUCUUCUUCUUCUUCUUCUUCUUCUUCUCCUAUCUCUUCAUCUUCCACCCCUCCAUCAGGUUCAAACUUUCAUGCCAUCUCCCAUUCUUCCUCCUCCCCUGAGCUCCUUCCAUCCUCCUCUUAUAACUCAAUUCUUCCACCAAACCAGUCCCAAGACAAUCUCAGUCCUCACACACCGACAAAUCCACCAUUCCAGUCUUUACCUCAGUCCUCCUGCUCAGCUAUCAGUAAUUCAGUUCCUAUUCUGCCCACUGACAAUACUCAGAGCCAAGCUGAUCAGGGAAGCCUGGUCCAUUCUAAUUCUACAUCUCCUUCUGUUCAACAACAAACCCCAACUGCCUUCCCAUUCCCUCCAGUGCAGUCACCCAAUGAUGCUGACCCUACAACUCCUCAAUCUAUCACAAAUCCACCUCAAACUGCUUUCCCCUUUCCUCCCGUUUCACAAAAUAACCCUGCCUCUAUGACCACACAUCCUGACCCAAACCCAGCCUUCCCCUUUUCAUCCUUUCAGCAUUCUCAAAACCCAGACCCAACAACCUCACCAUCAAUUCAAAAUCCGGUGCAAACGGCACCUGCAGCACUUUCCAUUCCGCCUAUGGGAUCGUCCAGCUCUGAUCCCACUACAGCCUCAUCUCUAAACUCAAAUCAUCAGACUCAUGGAUCUUUCCCUCUUACGUCUUCAAAUUCUGUCCAUCCAUCCCCGCUGUCCAUUCCUAACACAAUCCACCCUCCUCCAGCAUUUUCAUUCUCUUCUCUUCCCACACACAGCAUCCCUGGAUCUCUCACUAACCCAGCUAACACUCCUUCAACAGCUUACCCUUUCUCCUCAUCAAUCUCAAAUGUCCCUCAGGUUGCUCCUCCACAAAAUCUACCGCUGUCCUCUUCUAUCUCUGCUCACACUGUUCCAGCUGUUCCAAACAUGACACAAACCCAGCAAAUUUUCACCCAGGCAUUGCCAGCUUCCUCUUUUCCUCACAUUCCACCGCAACCGUCUAACCCUUCCCAAAUUUCCUCCUGCCCUUCAGUUCGCUCUCAGCCCCUCCCUUCUAUUCAGUCGGCUGCACCUUCCCACUUACCACAUUCCUCCCUAUCAAAUCACUCUCUUCCUCCAGCUUCAGUCCAUCCACAAUAUCCUGCUCCAGUGACCACCAAUCCCUAUCCUCCUGUGCCUCCAUCUGAGACUGGCUCCUACUCCCACUAUAACUCAAAUACCACCUACCUGCCAGACGUAGUACUCCAUCCUUCUCUUCUGCCUCCCUUAGACCCAUCCUCUGUUGCCCCUGUCCUAUACCCUGCAUAUCCCUCUUACCCUCUCCGCUUGUGUCAAGACCCCCGAUCGUCCUUCCAUAUUCCCCUCAGGCACAUUUACAGACAGUCUCAGCACGCUCAUAGCCACAGCCAAGGCUCCUACUUGGACAUAGCAGGAAGAGCUGUAUUCUAA